UACGACCGACGUGAAGUUGGCUACAAACAGUCAAUAGGUUUAUGGUCAAAGCAGAGAUCAGUUGGAUGGACUGGAUGGUGAUCUGACUUGAUUUUAAAACUGUCAAGCAAUUUUGUUUAUGAUUUAUUAACAAAAUGGGACCACCACCUGUGGUGACUGGUAUUUCACCAAAAGAAGGUCCACCAGGUACUCGAGUAAUUGUUCGAGGAGAAUUCCUAGGUAUUAGACCUCAAGAUCUGAUAGGAUUGACGAUAUGUGGAUGUGAUUGCUUAUUAUCUGCUGAGUGGAAGUCCUGUAAUAAAAUAAUAGCAAGAUCUGGUCCAUGCAAAGAACGUGGAGACAUAAUUGUAACAACUCGAAGCGGUGGACAAGGCACAUCGACUGUGCAAUUUCGAGGCUAUCAUGAAACGAUAGGGCCAAUGAAAGAAUCUGCUGUAUGGGUGGACGAAGCACCGUUACAAAGUUUCGUCUGGGGUAGGAGAGCAUUGUCCCCGACAAAUUAUCAGCAAGAAGAUCCGUUAGGCCUUAGCGUCGAAGGAAAUGACAAAAAGUUCCCCGAGGAUGAGUUAAUAGAACUCUUUGGGGAUAGUAGCGGAGAGUUAACUAGUGAAAAAUUUCAUCCUGGUUGGUUCUUACUGCAGCAUCACCAUGCGACGACAUUGGAUGAUCUUAAAGCUGGUUUGGCCUACUUGAGGCGUAAAGUGAAUUCACAGAAAGAGGGCCAGUUAUCAUUUUUAAAGGCUAAUGUGGGUUCAGUUAUGGAACAACUUGAUACCAUCAUGUUACUGAAAGAUCAAUUUGAAUUGGAUACAAAUAAAUAUGGCAACAAUCCUACCGAAAAAUUAGAAACUGCAAUUAAGGAAUCAAUGGCAGAAGCAAAUAAAAUGUUUGACAGUGUUUUGGCAAGGAGGGAUAGAGCGGAUGCUACAAGAAAUGCCUUAUCGUUGAUGCAACGGUAUAAAUUUUUGUUCUGCAUGCCAGUUAAUAUUGAGAAAAAUAUUAAACGUGGAAAUUAUGACCUUGUAAUAAACGAUUAUGCUCGAGUUAAAAAUCUAUUUAAGAAUACAGAAGUCGAAGUAUUCAAGAAAGUCCUUGCCGAAGUGGAGGACAGGAUUGCACUGCUGAGAAUAACAUUAAUGAAAAAUCUUGAAGAAAUGCCAUUGACGUUAGAUGAGCAAAAGAAAAUUAUUAGAAAUUUAGUUAAUUUAGAUGCCGAAGGAGAUCCUGCAUGGGAAGCUAUCGUUUCUCAUGCUAGUUACUUAGAAAAGAGUAUAAUAGCCUGCAUGCAAGAGCAUCUAGAUUCGGAUGGAGGAAGCGGUGACGAUUCAAAUAAGACCCUAAAGUCCAAUGGAUUUCUGCCAAUGAAUAUUAAACAUUUACGUUUACACCCGAGCGAUGGAAUUAGCGUUCCGUCCCGAGUUCUUUGUACAGAAGCUAUUUGUGACGUAGUUACGGAACAAUUACCUGAUCUCUGGAGGUUGGGGCAAAGUUAUUUUACCGGACAACUACAUGUUGCCGUGGAUACCGAAAAGCAAGGCCCCUUUAAAAGUUUAGUUUUAUCGAGUAUACAACACGCAGUGGAAGCUAUUAAGAAUUCAUGCUGCGCCAAUGUGGAGGCUCCCUGGCUUUUACACAGCCUUCGUGGUAUCCGCCAAAUGUAUGCUUCUUUAAUACAUUUGGAUCUACCAAGCGAGGCUCUUGAUAUCUUUGGGAAAUUUAUAUUUGAACUUAGAAUGCAAUGUCUGGUGGCUCUGUUCAAGCAAACGGCGGAUAAUAUCAAUGGAUUACAUAGAAAGGAAAGGUGGCAAAUAGAGUACCUAAACGAGGAUGGAGGAAUCACAAGACUGGUAAUCAAACAUUCUACGCCAUGUUUAUUCGAAGAAAUGAUAUUGGAAGUUUCUAAAGUGACGCGAGAAACGGUCGCCAUUUGCGGACCCAGAGAGGAACAAUUAUUUGCCGGCCCGAGCCAGCGAGCGGUAUAUCAUAACGCUGUCAAGCAAUUGUUCACCUCGUUCGCCCGUUGCUUACAGCAGCUCGCUUUUAGCGGCAGCGAAGAAGCUCUCGAGGAUGACGGACAAUCGGUAUCUCAACUUGUCGGCUCUCCUUCUGGUUACAGGACCAGAAGCGACAAACAUCAUGGCCCGAGUUGGGAACAGUGUUUGUUAAUCUCGUUAAGCAAUAUUCGAUAUACCCUGAAUGUGAUUUUGCCUCGAGCGAGAGAUGCCUUUAGGGCACAAGGAUAUCCUGAUUUAUCCACCGCGGUGGGAUGGAAUGCGGAUUGGACGGAAUUAGAAACUUUGGAUGGUGCCGUACUCGAUGCUUACUUGGAACGUCGUUCCGAUCCUUUAGUUGGAACUAUCGAACCUAGCAUGUACUUGGGUGGUUUGGAGUGGGAUUCCGAAAUUGAACCGACUCAUGUCAGACCUUACGCCCAGGAAGCAUUAGCCAAUCUUGUAGCGGUGCAUGCAGAGGUACGCCGCGUGUCGCCUGGAUUGUUGAAGAGAGUUUUAUCACAUAUCGUGGAGACCAUUGCCGAGGAGUUAGCACGACUCAUGUUCUGCGUAACUGGAUUUCAUCGUACCGGUAUUAUACAAGCACGCGUUGACAUCGCUCUAUUAAGGAACACGUUAGUCGGUUACAGUACACCAAGAGCGAGAAGUUUUUUCGAGGAUGCAUUGGAAGUAAUACCUCAACCGAAAAACGCUGAAGAUUUGAAACGGAUCGAAACUCUGCUAUCCAAAGUUACGACAAGCAUGGGACUACAGCUUUCUUGCUUUGGCGAUCAACCAACAGAAAAUGCCACUCUCGAGCCGGUAGACCCCAAUCGUACAACUACCGUUUAACACGUGUAAAUAUUAUGAAUAGAUUAUACCAACGGAAUAUUAAUCAAUAUUGUUAUACCUUAUUUUCAGCCGUAAGAGGUACAUGUAUAUAAUUAAUCAUUUUUCCGUGAGCCACAGUUUUCAGGAUAUAGAAACGAAUCGCUCUAACGGUCAUUUUGAAAGUGAAUUCUCUGAAAUUCCCAAACGAGCUAGUUUCUUUGUAUUUGGCUCCCGGCGAAUUCAGGUCGUUCUUAUAUCUACAAUUUCAUUGAAUAGAGAAGAAUAGAAUAAAAGACUCGUCUCCACAAAAUUACGUACAACACCGUUAUCGUGAUCUUUGUAUUUAAUGUGUGUACAUUUUACGUAAAAUACGGAUAUAAAUGUAAACGAAGAAAGUAUUCACUAUCUCCAUUUAUUGUUAAGUAUUGCACCAUUGUGAGAACGAGAGCUAGAGAACAAAAUGUAUUUCUUUUUUUAACCAUUAAUUACUGCCCAAUCAAUCCCGCGUAACUUCAAAGGCCCACUGGGUGCAAAACACAUUCGUUGUACUAAUUCUUUUUCUUGUCAGACGACCUGUCAGGAACAUCUUCUUCUAUACAUGCCGUAUCUAUUCGGGUCUUGUCUACCGGAUAAAGCCUGAAAAUAAAUCAUUAUUUUGUUUUUAUAAUCUA